AUGUUGCGAAUUGCUUUUUGCAUACUCCUCGCGCCUUUUGCAUCGGCACAGUUGUCUGGCUCCGUGGGUCCCACGACGCCGCUCUCUGACAAGUCUACACUGUGCAACAUCCUCGACUAUGGAGGCAACAUCGGUUCGAGCGACAUCGGUCCGGCAAUCCAGAAAGCGUUCGACGUGGGCACCCUUGUCCGCGUCCCUAAUUUGAUCCGCAUCCUUGCAGGUGACUACGACAUGCAAACAUGGGUCACGCUCACAGGCGGAUCAUCUUGGGCGUUCAGGCUUGAUGGCUUGAUCACUCGUACCGCGACGACAGGAGGGAACAUGAUAGCAGUAGAAAAUGCCUACGACUUUGAAUUUUAUUCCAAGAACUCCGCAGGCGGUAUCCAAGGUGCUGGGUACCAGUGUCGGAACGACGGGCCCCGCUUGAUCCGUAUGGUGACUUCGGAGCGGUGGUCGCUCCAUGACCUCAUACUGGUCGACUCUCCUGAAUUCCACCUCGUCAUCCAGCAGGGCUCCGGCGGGGAAGUCUACAACCUUGCUAUUAGAGGUGCCGAUAUCGGUGGCUCAGAUGGCGUCGACGUCUGGGGCGAGAACUACUGGAUUCACGAUGUUGAGGUGACUAACCGCGACGAGUGCGUGACUGUCAAGUCGCCGGCAUCCAACAUACUUGUCGAGCGCAUUUGGUGCAACCAAUCCGGUGGAAGUGCCAUGGGCAGUCUGGGUGCCAACACCUCCAUUGCGAACAUCUUGUACCAGAACGUCUACACUGUCGGUGGUAAUCAAGCAUACAUGAUCAAGAGCAACGGCGGGUCCGGAACCGUCAAGGACGUCGUCUUCCAGGACUUCAUCUCGCGGGAUACAGCGUAUGGCCUCAAUGUCAACCAAUAUUGGGCGUCCGAAUCAACGCAGCCUGGAGACGGCAUUCAACUGUACAACAUCACGUUCAAGAACUGGGACGGCAAUGUCGCAGACGGUGUACAACGCUCUCCCAUCCAGAUUCUCUGUGCAGAUGGCGCCCCGUGCUAUGACAUCAACCUUGACGACGUCUAUAUGUGGUCAUUGACUGACGAAGCCACCUGGAAGUGUGAGUCGGCUUAUGGGACCGGAGCCUGCCUCAAGUCCGGCUCAAGCCACAAAAGCUACGCUGUGGAAACGACUACCUACACGCAGCCAAGUGGUUACACUACGCCCACGACGAUGAGCGGCGACUUGACUGCCGGUUUUGGGAGCACAACGCUUAUUCCUACGCCGACCAUCCCAACCAUGUUCUAUCCUGGUCUGCCGCAAAUAUCCCCACUCAUGAAGAACAAGUAA